AUGCUUUGGUUAAUGGACAUGCGUUUUCUCAAGACAAGCAGAGAAGAGCUUCAAAGUUUAGGUUUAGGGUUUGGAACAGCGAAAAUUCUUGCGGACAAAUCUUCUAAUUAUCUGAAAGAAAUAGCGAUAACAACAGCAGUUCUCCUUGAACCUAGAAAUCGUGGCAUAUUGGUUCUUGUAGCCAGUGAUGGAGACUAUGAACCUGUGUUGGAAGAAUUCCUGAAGAAACGAUCAUUAUCAAUUGAUGGCAUGUCAGGAAAGAAACAAGGAUAA